AAAUUGAUAGUGAGUGAGGGAGUUGGUUGUAGUCCUAUCGUCUGCUUUUACGUAUUGGCGAACGAGUUUUUAGUGAAUAAAAUGCAUUCCAUGAACGAACACGCAUCUGUUUUAUCCGGGAUGAUGUCUUUCGAAUCUAUCAGUUUGUACGAGCAACCCAAACCUAGGUUUAUCUUCAAAAUGCCCCGUGUUGUGCCAGAUCAGAAGGCAAAAUUCGAAUCUGAUGAGUUGUUCAGGAGGCUCAGCAGGGAGAGUGAGGUCCGCUACACGGGUUAUAGAGAUCGACCUCAGGAGGAACGAUCAAUUCGUUUUCAGAACGGAUGUCGAGAAGGGCACACAGAAAUUGCUUUCGCCGCCACUGGAACCAACCUUCAAUUAGUUUUCGCACCACCAACGACAGGAUAUAUGGCCGAUAAGGAGUGUGACUUUGAUAAGGAACCGGGAAAGGUCCACAUCAAAUCUAAUUUCAUAAUGAACGGCGUCUGCGUCCGAUGGCGCGGUUGGAUAGACGUCGAGCGUCUCGACGGCGUCGGUUGCCUGGAGUUUAGCGAAGAGAGAGCGGCUCAGGAAGACGCCCUGUUGAGAGAACAAAUAGAGAGAUACAACCAAAGGCUCAGAGAAUACGAGGAGAAGCAGAGGGGGUACAGACAGGAGAGGCCCGAACAAGAUCUAGAGGUACGUGGGGGGAUGCACCAGAGACAGUUCAUGAAGUUGUUUUAGUCGUUUUUGUUGUUCGUUAUUGAAGUUUGUGUAGGAGAACUGACUGACGCGGAUUGAAAGUAAUUGAAAAUGUGUGGAAUGGAUUUAUAAUCAGGCAGAGAAAAAUUAUUUAGUUUACUUGAACGAUUUCGGUCUAAUCAUCUUAAAAAUUGUGUGUUUGUGUCUGAUUUUCUAUUAGAUCCUACACAAUUGUUUUGAAGUUAUUCCAAUCUAAAAUAUGUUCCCGUUCACAUAUACUCGUAUACAGUGUGUGUUACAUCGAACUUCCAGUAAAUAUUAAGUUGAAGGAGUAAUGGAGUUUUAGAGAUCAAUUCAUUUAGAUUUUUUUAAUUAUCUACCAAUAUUUAGGCUACCGAGUAGGUAGCACAUUGAAUUUUUUUAGGAAAAGUAUUUAUUGUUUUUUAUACUCAGAUUUCGUUAGAAAAUUCCAGUGUACACCGAUCGGUUCAGAAGUAAUGCCAAAAUAAUAAAAAGCUGAUCUAUUAUUUUCAGUAAAAACUCAGUUGAAGAAUCUGGUUUGUUAUGAGGAUAUUUCAAAAUAACAAUUCUACCAAAAUAUUGAUACGGUUUAAAGAAAAGUCUCGAAAACCUUUUUUAUAAAUCUUAAGUUGACCAACCACGCUGAAAUUGUGAAAAAGAGAGUAAUUCCAGUUUGUUUAGAAAAAUCCAUCUACAUGAGGUUGAAAUUGUUAUUCAACCUGGUAUUAAAAAAAAAGAGUUC